AUGAAGUCAGAAGCUGUCGCCACAGCCGUGUCCGAGGACAAUUUGGAGAUUCCUCUGAUCAACUUCUCGGCCUUCUUAUCCGACGACCAGGCUACGAAGAAAUCUACCGCCCAGGCAAUCCUAGCUGGCUUUCAAAAUGCUGGCUUCAUUUACUUGAAAAAUCAUGGCAUUCGAGACUCAGUGGUAAAGCAGACGUUCGAAGAAUCUGCAAAGUUCUUUGAAAGACCACGGGAAGAGAAAGAUAAGCUUGCUUGGACCACGCCCGAGGUAGAAGAAGAACAUGAUGGUUCACCCAAAUGUAGCUGCAUGCUGAUUCCAUUCCAGGCCAAUCGUGGUUACUCUCAGCCUGGAAGAGAGAAAGUCACCAACGCAGACACAGCUGCCGAUAUCGAGAAAGUUCGAGCAACAGAAGGCGCGGAUUUGAAAGAAUCUCUGGAAAUCGGCAAGGAAGGCGAACCUGGCCUUCCAAAUCAAUGGCCUGCGGAUGCUGAAGGGGACGUAUUCAAGAAACAGAUGAUGAGUUUCUUUGACCAAUGCAAAGCUCUACACUUCGACGUCAUGCGAGCUAUUGCCGUUGGCCUUGGUAUCGAUGAGUACUGGUUUGACAGUUACUGUGAUGCUGGAAACAAUACGUUGAGAUUGCUGCAUUACCCGGAAGUCAAGGCGGAUGUAUUCAAGAAGAACAAGAACACUAUGAGAGCUGGUGCACAUACGGAUUAUGGCACUCUCACUUUCUUAUUCCAGGUGCGCUCCCCGCACCCAUUGUUCUCGUUCCCACUAAUAGGGCCACCAGGAUCUGGCCGGCGGACUGCAGGUGCUUUCGCCCAAAGGCACGUUUGUCGACGCCACACCCAUCGAAGGCACGAUCGUUGUCAACGCCGGAGAUCUCCUGGCUCGUUGGUCAAACGAUACAAUCAAGAGCACGAAGCACCGAGUUGUGGAGCCACCUACUCCGUCGGACGUGCAUCCAGCCAGAUACAGUAUCCCUUACUUUUGUCAUCCCAACCAUGACAGCCUGAUUGAAGCAAUUCCUGGCACUUUUGGAGAGAAGAAUCCGCGAAAGUAUCCAUCCGUGAACUGGUGA